AGAUUCUCCAUAGGUUGUGUGGACAAUAUCGUGGCGAAAUACUUCGCUACUGUGGUUGGAUGGUACGCAGUUAGUCGACCCUUCAACGAUCGGAAUAAUGCUGUCAUGAAUAAGAAGAGCAGAACUGAGCUGAUUGAGGAACUGUACAAAUCCGGCCGCAUGAUGUUAAAACUGGCGGAAGCACUUGGGCGCUUAGCGCUUGCUGGAAGGGAAAUGACGAGGUUAUCGGGAUUUACCACCAGAGUCGAUACUUUGUUGAACGUUCUUGAUGAUCUUGGAAACGGCUCUUACGAACGCACGAUGAUCAAAGACGCCAGCGACCUUGACGAAAGAGCUCUACUACCCAGAGAAUUGAAACCUGGGGCAGCGACCCUAUAUGACUUUGGGAACAUUGAGAGAUCAAGUGAUCUACCCGGACCGACCUAUGGACAUGUUGAAAAAGGGCUAUACAGACAGCGAUCUUGA